AUGGAUGAAAUUGAAUACAAAUUGAACACUAACAACAGUGUUUUGAUAGUCAAUGCAAUCGACAAGCUGAUAUCUACUAUAAAAUCGAAAUAUAAGCCAAUAGAAAGACAGCGGUUUGUGAACGAAAAUGAAGAGCUGAAGUUGUUGAGAGAAAAGUGUUCUUCAAAGGAUGCUAAAGUUAGUCUGACGGCGUGCCAGGGUCUACUGGCGUUGGUGGAACUCGGGGUCUUGGAGAUAGCCCACACCAUGUCCACUGUUGUAACUCUACUGCCCAGCACACACAACUACUCAGCCAUAAUAUCCACAAUGGCUGGUCUAUUGAUUUUGGAUCUGAAGGCUCGCCUGGUGCCAGGCCACCAGUACAAAUGUCAGUUCAGUCUGAAGUCUCCGCAACAUCCCUUUAUCACUGUGCUGGAUAAGAACAAAGAUGCCGAGAGUGAUGUACUUGCUCAGAUGCAUGCGUUGUGCACACAUCCUGAUUAUACAGAGAAGGUAGCAUCAGACCCUGGCAACUGUUGCUCAGUCUACCACAGACAACUGCACAAUCCUCCCUUUUACUCGCCUGUCUUAGUUGCCAACAGACGAGACCCUCGGUCAUGCUACAACCUGAUAGAGCGGUGCUUCGCCCUCGACGCCCCGGAGCUAAGGACUGUCGCCGGCAUCACGCUCAUGUUGCUGGCUGAGAAUCUCGCUGAUACAUCCGCUUUGUAUCUUCAUGAAUUGUUCAAUUUGUGUAUAAAUAUAAUCAGCAAAUACGAGUAUUCAUCAAUUUCCCUCAGCGUGUUUGUGGCUCUCUCACUACAAUGGCUGAAUCUCCCAUCCUACCUCACCGCAUCAGCUCUCAAAGUAGCUUCAAAGAUCCUGGACAUGUACCAGGAUAAGGAUAAAGACGACACAAGACUUCACACACCGAAUCUCAAAGCCAAUAAAACAUUCCAAUCUUUAUUAUACACAGAUAGCCAUCUUUCAAUUGUCUUCAAAUUAAACCAAAAUUGGGAGCGAAUGAGAGAUAAUCCGGAAAAAUUGAAGAGCUGGCUCGAUUCCUUAGCCACAGUGAAUAAUGAAAUCAAAUUAGAAUUGUUACCAUUUUUACUGGGAAUGGUUUUAGAGAAACGUAAGGAAGCGUGGUAUGAAGAGGUUGUUGUUAAAGUCAUUAGGAUUGUGGUAAAUCUGGUAGGUUAUAAGAAGGAGAUUUCUGUACAAUUACUGCCGCUGUUAAUGUAUAAGAUAGCUAAUGAUAGAUGUCCUGUCGUGAGGUUGGAGUGUUUAAGAGCUCUGCCUUUGAUGGCGAAGACUAAGGAAAAUGUGCCAACUAUAGUGUCUGUAUUGAAUAAGUUGAAGGCUAAUAAAGGUGUACCGACCUCAUUCCUCAUCAUGUUAUACACCAGCUUAGCAGAAACACAGGUGCGAUGUUUUCCAUACCUACAAGAAAUGCUCGUGGAUCCGGGUGUGGGUAAACAGGAUGACUUGAAGUGGGAGCUUGACAUUGCUAAGGCGAUUGCUGUUGAUAGGAUAUGUGAGAUACGUCCGACAAGCCACGGCCUGGAGUUGGUGUCAGUGAUAUCGUCACUGCUGAACCGCUGCAGCGAGCGCAGCGGCGGCGUCGCCACCAGCACCUGCCUCGCCGCGCUGCGCCGCCUGUGGCGCGCCGCCGCGCUCGCGCCGCACUCCACCUGGGCCGCGCUACAGCCCAAGCUGGCGCGGGACACCAGGCCGGCUGUACAGAUCAGUAUCUGCAAGUUACUGAGCGAGGUCCCGUCCCUGCGGGCCGCGACCCCCGAGUGGGAGCGCCUGUCCCGCGAGGCGGCGCGGCGCCUGUGGCAGUGGGUGGCCGACUGCAACGUGCCCGACGUGAUAUACAGGAAGACAGUGAAAUUACCAGCCUCGUACUGCAAGACUCCUGCAGACGCAGCCAGGAAACCUGAAGAAGUACUAGAUUAUAUACCAUGUGAAAUCUGGCCAGAAGUAUUUAAAUACACGAACCAAGCCGCGUUACCGGGCGUGCAGCGACUGGCGGGGCGCCACAUAGAGCGCGAACUGCGCGCGUACCGCAGCGGCCAGUACCAGCACGACCCGCGCCGGGAGCCCGCCGCGCUGCUGCAGCUGCCGCCCGCCAGCGUCGCGCGGGGACUCGUCCACUGCUUCAGGAAACAGGUUGGUUGUACCAGUACCAGCACGACCCGCGCCGGGAGCCCGCCGCGCUGCUGCAGCUGCCGCCCGCCAGCGUCGCGCGGGGACUCGUCCACUGCUUCAGGAAACAGGUUGGUUGUACCAGUACCAGCACGACCCGCGCCGGGAGCCCGCCGCGCUGCUGCAGCUGCCGCCCGCCAGCGUCGCGCGGGGACUCGUCCACUGCUUCAGGAAACAGGUUGGUUGUACCAGUACCAGCACGACCCGCGCCGGGAGCCCGCCGCGCUGCUGCAGCUGCCGCCCGCCAGCGUCGCGCGGGGACUCGUCCACUGCUUCAGGAAACAGGUUGGUUGUACCAGUACCAGCACGACCCGCGCCGGGAGCCCGCCGCGCUGCUGCAGCUGCCGCCCGCCAGCGUCGCGCGGGGACUCGUCCACUGCUUCAGGAAACAGGUUGGUUGUACCAGUACCAGCACGACCCGCGCCGGGAGCCCGCCGCGCUGCUGCAGCUGCCGCCCGCCAGCGUCGCGCGGGGACUCGUCCACUGCUUCAGGAAACAGGUUGGUUGUACCAGUACCAGCACGACCCGCGCCGGGAGCCCGCCGCGCUGCUGCAGCUGCCGCCCGCCAGCGUCGCGCGGGGACUCGUCCACUGCUUCAGGAAACAGGUAUUCCACCGCGGCAGUGACUGGCGACGUGGCUGCGUUACGUUGGCGGCGAGACAGGCGCAAGUGUCGCAGUCUGCCAGGAGGAUACUUGAGAAUUAUCUACAAGGUGUCGCCGCUGGAACUGCUGAGGAAACAGACGUGCUCCUAAUCUUCGAGAUCCUACCCAUCUUAUGUCGAGGGAUGCCACCGAAUGCUCUCCGACCUCCUCUAGAAAGAUGUCUAGCUGACUCUUUUGCAGAAAUAUCUCAUGUCAAGGCGAAAUCUAAAGGAGAAGAGAAAGAAUACUUGUUUAUAAAGCAGAUGGAGUGCAUCCGUCAAUGCUUGGACUGUGACAAGAUACACGAUGCCAAUAGAACGCUGCUGUCUCAAAUCGUCGAGCAUUACUUCUCGGAAAUGAAUGAUGAUAAUGUUGCCUGGCCAACCUACAUAUCGACAUGUUGCGCUCUAUCCAGUAAGUACCUGGAGCGUAUGUCGUCCCCCAGUGGGUGGUGGGAACUGUCUCCCAGCCUGCUACGUAAGGCGGCGUCACUAAGGGCCGCCCUGGCCACUAUGAAGGACUGUGAGGCGCCCCUCAACUGGCUCAAUGAGAUCAUUGAUGCACAGGCUAUGGAAAUCACCGAGCAGGAGUUCUCCUUGGGCUGCCUGGUCCCCGCGCUGCAGGCGGCCGACCCUGACUCCGGCCACUGCGCGGACUGGAUGCUGCAGCUCAUGGGCCGCACGCAGGUCGCCUUCAAUGAGACGGAAGACAAGUCAGCGAAGCAGUACCUGUGCGACGUGUUCAUGGUGUGCGUGAUAGUAUUCAGCGGCGUGUGGAGCGUGGCGGGCGACGCCGUGGCGGGCCGCCCCGCGCGACAAGCGCUGCUGCCGCCCGCCGUCGCCAGCUUACUGGCCAGGCCGGCCUGGCAGCCCUGCGCGCUACAGUUACUGGAGUGGCUGUGCCACUCGCGCGCGGGCUGCGACAGCGGCGCGGCGGCGGCCUGCCAGCGCGGCCUGCUGGCGGCCCGCCACGCCGCGCCCUUCGCCACGCACCAUAUAUGGACUCGACUUUACACCCAAUGUCGGUCGUUGCAUAAAGUAGCAGUGGGCCACACAGUGCCUCUGACGUUCAACCAGUAUGAACAUCAGCAGAGGUUCCGUGAAGCUCAGGCUGAGAUCGUUGGCUCGUUAAUGUCCAGCCCUAAGUUCAAAGACCAGCUGGGCGAUGUUGAAGCCUGGAUGACUAAGUUGUUAGAUUAUGCUCUGGGCGGAGGGAAAAGGGGCAGAGGUCUGGCGGUGCCCUUUGCAUACCGAAUGAUGGAGGAUCCAGAGCACUUUACAGAGGACAAACAUCAUAAAGCACGGAUCAUGGGAUGGGUUCUAGAAAUGUUCCACUCCUACCUAUUCACAAUAGAUGAUAUAAUGGAUGCCUCGAAGACUCGCCGCGGCCAGCAGUGUUGGUACCUACGUGACGAUGCAAUGAUGCACACAUGCAUAGGUCAGCACCUGGACUUCGCAUCAAACUAUACGCGGGAGAAAAACAACCUGGACACGUUCACAGUGGAACGGUUUGACGCCAUCGCCUUACAGAAGACCGCAGUGUACUCCUUCUCAUUUCCUAUGAAUUUAGCUAUGACUUUAGUUAAGGGAAAAAAUCAGAAUUUGCACCAUACUGAAGAAGUACAUUCCAUCUGCUGGGACAUGGGCAAACUACUACAAUUAGUUAUUCCUAUAAUGGCCCUUGACCUAUUAACUGACCUUUGCAUAAGCUGCUUAGGAACUGCUACAAAAAUGUCUUCUCUGCUUCGUAAAUUGUCUUACAACAGUUACACCCAAUGUCGGACGUUGCAUAAAGUAGCAGUGGGCCACACAGUGCCUCUGACGUUCAACCAGUAUGAACAUCAGCAGAGGUUCCGUGAAGCUCAGGCUGAGAUCGUUGGCUCGUUAAUGUCCAGCCCUAAGUUCAAAAACCAGCUGGGCGAUGUUGAAGUCUGGAUGACUAAGUUGUUAGAUUAUGUUCUGAACGGAGGGAAAAGGGGUAGAAGUCUGGCGGUGCCCUUUGCAUACCGAAUGAUGGAGGAUCCAGAGUACUUUACAGAGGACAAUCACCAUAAAGCACGGAUCAUGGGAUGGGUUCUGGAAAUUCUCCACUCCUACCUAUUCAUAAUAGAUGAUAUAAUGGAUGCCUCGAAGACUCGCCGCGGCAAGCAGUGUUGGCACUUACGUGAUGAUGUAGGUUUGGGCGCGCUGAACGACAGCGGACUUAUAUUCACCAGCGCAUACGAAGUCUUGGAGCAACACUUCGGAGAUGAUCCUAUUUAUGCAGAACUUGUUAAGAUUUGCAAUGGGGCAAUGAUGCACACAUGCAUAGGUCAGCACCUGGACUUCGCAUCAAACUAUACGCGGGAGAAAAACAACCUGGACACGUUCACAGUGGAACGGUUUGACGCCAUCGCCUUACAGAAGGCCGCAAUCUAUUCUUUCAAAUGGCCUAUGAAUUUAGCUAUGACUUUAGUUAAGGGGAAGGCCGGCACCGACAUACAGGAAGGCAAGUUGACGUGGCUCGCGGUGACAGCCCUGGAGCGAUGCACAGACGCACAACGAAAAUUCUUCGCCGAAAACUACGGCAUCGACAACCCUGAGAAUGUACAACGAAUCAAAGACCUAUACGCUGAGUUGGACAUGGAAAAUAUUUACAAAAAUCAUGAAAAAGCUGUGUAUGAAGAUCUGUUCUACCUUUUCCCUAUUAGCUCACUCUAUGGCUGUGCUUUACCUGCUACAAAAAUGGCUUCUCUGCUUCGUAAAUUGUCUUACAACAGUUACACCCAAUGUCGGUCGUUGCAUAAAGUAGCAGUGGGCCACACAGUGCCUCUGACGUUCAACCAGUAUGAACAUCAGCAGAGGUUCCGUGAAGCUCAGGCUGAGAUCGUUGGCUCGUUAAUGUCCAGCCCUAAGUUCAAAGACCGGCUGGGCGAUGUUGAAGUCUGGAUGACUAAGUUGUUAGAUUAUGUUCUGGCCGGAGGGAAGAGGGGCAGAGGUCUGGCGGUGCCCUUUGCAUACCGAAUGAUGGAGGAUCCAGAGCACUUCACAGAGGACAAUCAUCAUAAAGCACGGAUCAUGGGAUGGGUUGUGGAAAUGUGCCACUCCUAUUUACUCUUAAUAGAUGAUAUAAUGGAUGCCUCAAAGACUCGCCGCGGCCAGCAGUGUUGGCACUUACGUGAUGAUGCAAUGAUGCACACAUGCAUAGGUCAGCACCUGGACUUCGCAUCAAACUAUACGCGGGAGAAGAACAACCUGGACACGUUCACAGUGGAACGGUUUGACGCCAUCGCCUUACAGAAGGCUGCAAUCUAUUCUUUCAAAUGGCCUAUGAAUUUAGCUAUGACAUUAGUUAAGGGAAAGAAUCAGAAUUUGCACCGUACUGAAGAAAACGACUACAGCGACGUAUACUUCGACGAAAUCAGAACAGGGAAGGCCGGCACGGACAUACAGGAAGGCAAGUUGACGUGGCUCGCGGUGACAGCCCUGGAGCGAUGCACUGACGCACAACGAAAAUUCUUCGCCGAAAACUACGGCAUCAACAACCCUCAGAAUGUACAACGAAUUAAAGACUUAUUCGCAGAGUUGGACAUUGAGCAUAUUUAUAAAAAGCAUGAAAAAGCUGUGUAUGAAGAUCUGGUGAGAAGAAUCCGCGCUUUACCCGCCAAAGGACAGACGCGGUUCUAUUCUGAAGUUCUAGAAGCGUGUUGUAAAAAGUCAUACUGAUGUCUAGAAGUCGCGUGGUGAAGACAUUUGUUACUGCUCCUCCUCUUGCCGCGGGUAUAGUAAGACGCCCGACUAAGGGACUUCUAACAGAGAUCGGGUAAUAGCAUUCUUAUAGAUCUGAUCUCCAACCAGCCCGCCAAGAGAUUAUAGCAAGCAAGAGAUUAUAGGGUCCAGUGCCUCAACAAUCUUCUUUGUUGAGGCACUGGACCCUCAUGGUAUUGACGAUGUUUAUUUUGACGGUUAUUCUGUGAUACAUACUACUACCACAUAGCCAAUAUAACAAAAAUAUAUGUCGUGGGUAUAAUGCCCGCCAAUUCAAUUAUGUUUCUGCGGUGGGUAGCGUGAUGCUACUAUCCUAGCUUUCUGGCGAGAGUACCCGGACAACCAGAAAGCGCGCUGCUGAUGAAAAAGACUCGGAGGUGGUGGAGUCGAGGUGGUGAUGUGCGUGCUCCUGUGACAUGACGUCAGCGUCGAUCCAAAGGCGUUAAGACCGGACUUUGGAACCUGGAACCACGUUCUACACAACCGGUCCAGUUCCUCGUCUCCUGACCGUAAUCACCGCGCAAGCAGGAAGCGGAAUGUGUGCGUGCUUACGAACAGAAUCAAAGUUGACAAAAUUAAGAAGAAAAAUAAAAAGAACAAGGGAACACUUUAACAGACAAAACAAACCUAAAUUACUAAUAAUAAAUACUAAAUUAUGUAUGAAUGAUGUAAUAAAAAAUUUAAUUUGAAAUUGAAUUUAAAUACAAAGAAACUGCAAGUCACAUAAACCUAAAUGACCGUGAAUAUUACCAAGUUAUUAAUA